CUUGACCAGCAUCGCCCUACGAAAAAGGGUAGAGUAGGAAAAAAGAGAAAAGAAAAGAAAAGAAAAGCAACAGCUUCUUGUAAGUUCUAACCUCCCUCCGGUUUGGCGUAGAGUUCAAAACAAGAGGCUGAGAACCGAACCUUCGUCUCCUCUCCUCUUGCUCGAAUUCCACGCGAUCUCGUCUUCUUUUCUCUCCCUGCGCCAGAAUCUUCGACCAAUAUUCAAGAACAAAGUGAAGAGGUCAGAGAUGCUUCCCGAGGAAACAUUUUUGUAGUUGCAUUAUAAUAGGACUGAUGUUCAGAAAUUUUGACAGUAAGCUUCCUGUCAUUGCUUUAUGCCUGCUUGCAAAGCAUACAACUUCGCUGCAUGGGAUAAUAGACGGAUGAUAUGAAGAUGUGUCUUAAUUCAUCACUGUAAAGAUGUGAAUAAUUCCUUCUGUCUGUAUAGUUUGCUUUCAUUGAAAAGCUGGAUUCUGUGCUGUUAAGAUGUAUUGGUUCAUCCUUCAUGAGUCCGAAGACAUAAUGCACUUGCUGCAUUGGAAAGAAAUUGUCAGAUAUUCACAGGCAUGCCAUUUGCCCUAAAGUUAAAAAUUGUCAGAUAUUCACAGGCAUGCCAUUUGCCCUAAACUUAUCUCAUUCUUGUAAAGUGUGCCACGCCGAGCUGUAAAAUAUCAAAGCGAAGGUGUUGUUCUCUGAAGAUGAAGAAGUGGUCCGGAGGUGUUCUAAUAGCGUCCUUGUUUAUGUUGUUGGUUCUGAGAUAUGGUGUCAUGGAAAAUGCCCUUGGACAAACAUCAAUUUUAAGUCCCUUCUACAAUACAUCAGAUCAUCUUCGUUUGAAUCAGGUUGGGGUUCCAAAUGCAGUUCAAAAUCCUGAAAAUAAUACAGAAGUGGUUUCCACUAACAGCAUAGUCUCCAGUCUUUUUACUCAAAGAAACUUUUCUGAUGAAGAAGUACGGUCUUUAGAAACAUGGAACCAUUUGAAACAGUUAAUUAGUCAAGCUGAGGCUUUACCUCAUGCUGUUGAGGCUAUCAAAGAAGCUGGAGCUGCAUGGGAAAGCCUUAUGGUUUCGGUUCAAGAGGAAAGACAGCUUGGUUCUGUGAAUGGAAGCCUGAGUCACAAGAAGAAAGAGAAACAGUGCCCAUAUUCUCUUCAUAAAAUGAAUGCUUCUGAACUUGGGGAUGGUAGUGGAUAUAAGUUACAGAUCCCUUGCGGCCUGAUUCAGGGUUCCUCAAUCACUAUUAUUGGCACUCCAAGUGGACUUCUUGGAAACUUCCGGAUUGACUUAACAGGAACACCGCUUCCAGGGGAACCAGAUCCUCCCGUUAUCUUGCAUUACAAUGUCCGACUUAGUGGGGAUAAGAUUACAGAGGAUCCUGUGAUUGUCCAAAAUACUUGGACCAUAGCUCAUGAUUGGGGUGCAGAAGAGAGGUGUCCCUCUCCUUCUCCUGAGAAUAAUGGGAAAGUGGAUGAAUUGGACCAGUGUAAUCCAAUCGUGGGCAAAGAUGAUAAGUGGUGGUUUCCAACCAGUAAAUAUUCUAAUGGAUCGAGACGACCUCCAGUGGCACUUGACAGUGCUAAACCGAGACGCUAUUUUCCUUUCAAGCAAGGAUACCUGUCAGUUGCCAUUCUUCGAGUGGGACCUGAGGGAAUCCAGAUGACAGUCGAUGGAAAGCAUAUAACUUCUUUUGCUUACCGCGAAAGUUUGGAGCCAUGGCUUGUUAGUGAAGUAAGAAUUUCAGGGGACCUGGAUGUGAUUUCUGUUCUUGCUAGCGGUUUGCCCACGUCAGAGGACUUAGAUCAUGUCAUUGAUUUAGAAACACUUAAGGCGGCUCCUCUUCCAGCUCACAAGCCGCUUGAUCUUUUUGUUGGUGUCUUUUCAACGGCAAAUAAUUUCAAGCGUCGGAUGGCUGUUCGGAGAACUUGGAUGCAAUAUGAUGCUGUGCGGUCAGGAGCUGUUGCAGUCCGCUUUUUUGUUGGGCUGCAUAAAAACCAGCUGGUGAAUGAAGAACUUUGGAACGAGGCGCGUACAUAUGCAGAUACUCAGCUGAUGCCUUUUGUUGACUAUUACAAUCUCAUUACAUGGAAGACUAUCGCCAUUUGCAUUUAUGGGACAGAGGUUGUUGCAGCUAAAUAUGUGAUGAAAACGGAUGACGAUGCAUUUGUCCGUGUGGAUGAGGUGCUAGCUUCUUUAAAGAGGUUAAAUGUGACACGGGGGCUGUUAUAUGGCCUCAUUAACUCAGACUCCCGGCCUCAUCGAAAUACCGACAGCAAAUGGUAUAUAAGCCCAGAGGAAUGGCCUGAAGACACAUACCCUCCCUGGGCACAUGGUCCUGGUUAUGUAGUUUCGCGUGACAUUGCAAAGGCAGUCUACAAGCAACACAAAAAAAGGCAGUUAAAGAUGUUCAAGCUGGAGGAUGUGGCUAUGGGCAUAUGGAUAUCGGAGAUGAAGAAUCAAGGGCUGGAUGUUAGGUAUGUGAAGGAUGAGAGGAUACAUAACGAGGGGUGCCAGGAUGGAUAUGUUGUGGCCCACUACCAAGAGCCCAGGGAGAUGCUCUGCCUCUGGCAGAAGCUGCUGGAGGGAAACGGUCCUAAAUGCUGUGGCGGUUAACAUUUGGUGCCCAAGUGUUGGAUUAGCGCAUCUAAUGCUCAAGGAAGAGAUGUGGCUGACUGAUGCUCUCGGGAUGCUACUAACUCCAGUUUUAGGGCUAGUGGUGUAUUAUUAGGGUUUCGGGAUGUUGGAAAAUUGAGCUCGAGGAAGAAAUAUGCUGAGGGUUUAGGAUAGGAUGGUUGUAACUAGUGUUUUUAGGGAGAGAUGUGAUGGCUAACUAAGGUGGGGGUAUCCAGUUUUUUUUUUUUUUUCCUUGUUAUUUUUAAAUUCUAUAUUUUAUUUUAUAGAUGAUAGGAACCACGGUUUUUGCAAUAGAGAUGGCUAACUAGGGUUUUUAGGAUGGGAGAAGUGACACCACUCCAUAUCAUCACAAUUGGGGGGCAGUGUUGAAUGAGUUUGCUAAGGAAAAAAAGGGGUUGUAUAGUUUUGUAAAAGGGCACUAUAUAAGACAGUCAUUCCAUUCAUUUCACAACAUAUAUUGAUUUUUAGUUUCGUCACAUUUCCGGUCUAUUCCCAACAUAUAUUGAUAUUU